GGGGGUUAUGUGAAACAUCACAAAUAUUGACCAAAGCAAAAAGGCUGUCCUUCGGCGGCAGAUUUUUGGAACCUCACUCACAGAUUCACCGCGGUCCCAGACUGUUUCGUCUGAAAGGGUAGCCGCGCAGCCUGCCGUGCAGUCACUCCACGAGGUCCGUCGAGAUGAGGCACUUGGCGAUUAUCUUCGGCCUGUUGCUGGUCCCCAAGAUGGACGGCUUUGAGUUCGUAAUCGAAGGCGAUUCGGAAGGCGACUCGCCUGCAACAAACUCAGCAGAGGACCUAUCCGUGCAUCAAUACAUGAAAUUCAGGAGGAGUGUACUUCCCAGUGAAGAAGAGGAAGAAGCAGAAGAAGACUUUGAGGCUAUCGCGGGGGUUGCCCCUGUGACCGUCCAAAGUUACAAGGUGGAGAGCCGCAUCACGUCCCGGUUCGCCCACACCACCGUCAAGAGCAGCGUGGUCAACUCGGCUCCACAGGCCCAGAGCAUAGCCUUCAACGUGCAGAUCCCCAAGCGGGCUUUCAUCAACAACUUCACCAUGAACGUGAAUGGCAUAACGUUUGUUGGGUCGGUGAAAGAGAAGACCGUGGCCAGGAACCUGUACGCCCAGGCCAGAGCCAGAGGCAAGGCUGCUGGCAUCGUCAGAUCCAAUUCUUUGGACAUGGAGACAUUUAAGACGGAGGUACACGUGCCAGCAGGCAGCAAGAUCGAGUUUGAGCUGCACUACCAGGAAAUGAUGCAGAGGAAGCUGGGAGUGUACGAACACUCCCUCCACCUGCAGCCCGGCCGUCUUGUUCCUCAACUGCAGGUUGAUGUGUACAUCUAUGAGCCAAAAGGCAUUUCUUUUGUUGAAGCUCCCAACACACUGGGUGAACAAUUUUCAGAACUGACGAAAAUAACAAAGACUAAAGACAAGGCACAUGUGGUGUUCAAGCCUACAUUGCAACAGCAGAAGAAGUGUUGGAACUGCACCACUAGUGCUGUAGAGGGAGUCUUUACCGUCAAAUAUGAUGUCGAGAGAGACAACAAUGCUGGGGAGCUGCAGGUGUCCGAUGGACAUUUUGUGCAGUUUUUUGCCCCUUCCAAUCUCGCACCUCUUCCCAAGAACAUCGUGUUUGUCAUUGAUGUGAGCGGCUCCAUGUGGGGACUGAAGAUGAAACAGACGGUGGAGGCUAUGAAGACCAUCCUGGAUGACCUCUCCCUAGACGACUAUUUCAGUAUCAUUGACUUCAACCACAAUGUGCGAUGCUGGAGUGAGGACCUGGUGGCUGGAAGCAGCAUCCAGAGAGAUGAGGCCAAGCAGUACAUCCAGAACAUCAAGCCCAGUGGAGGCACCAACAUCAAUGAGGCCAUCCUGAGAGCCAUUCACAUACUGACCAAAGCAUCCAACCUUGGUCUCAUUGACCCCCGCUCCGUCUCCAUGAUCCUACUGGUGUCUGAUGGAGACCCCACUGUGGGUGAGAUCAAGCUGAGUGCCAUCCAGAAGAACAUCAAGCGUAACAUGCGUGAGGAAUUCUCGCUCUUCUCCCUCGGCAUCGGUUUCGACGUGGACUACGACUUCCUGGAGCGCAUCGCGCUGGAGAACCGCGGGAUCGCCCAAAGGGUCUACGCCAAUCAGGACGCCGCGCAGCAGCUGCAGAACUUCUACAGCCAGGUGUCCUCUCCGCUCCUGAGGAAGAUCAGCAUCCAGUUCCCCGAGGACACCGUCACGGACCUCACUCAGAACGAAUUUGACAAGUUCUUCAGCGGUUCUGAGCUGGUGGUGGCGGGGAAGAUUCAGCAGGCUGGCAUCACCACCCUGCACAGCUUCACCACAGCCUCCUCUUCGAGGAUGGACCUGUCCCUCCAGACAGAGGCAGACUGCUUCAAGCUGGACGGGCUCCUCACUCACCAGACUCACUCCUUCGCUGGCUUUGCCAGGCAGAUGUGGGCGUACAUCACCAUCAACCAGCUGCUGGCUGAACGGUCUCUGGCCCCCACCGCAGCCAAGAAGAGGAAAAUCACACAGAGGAUCCUGGGCCUGGCUGUGGAGCACCAGUUUGUCACCCCAUUUACCGCUCUGCUGGUGGAGAGUGAAGGGGGGCUGGAGAGGGUGCUGGCUGAGUCUCCAAAGGACCGCAAGCAGGGCUGCUGUGUAGGGACAGCUCCUCUGGGUGGGAAGACUCCCGUCCAGGUGGUCCACAGUGUGCCCCCCUGGGCCCAGACACCCACUGAUGCCCCCCCGAGUGAGGUGGAGGGUCCUGUACCUGAUAUUGUCAACUUGGUUGACAAUGACCCCCACUUCAUCGUUCACCUCCCAAAGAGCAACAUGGACAUCUGCUUCAACAUUGACUCAGAACCCGGACACAUACUGAACCUGGUGUCUGACCCUGAAUCAGGUGUCACGGUGAAUGGACAGCUCAUAGGAGCGAAGCAGAUGGUGGACAAGAAGCUGAGCACCUACUUCGGGGCCAUCUCGGUGUCAUACAAGCCCGAGGGAAUCAGAGUGGAUGCCACGCCCGAGAACAUCGUCCUGACCGAUGGAAAGGGCAGCCACAACCUGUCCUGGGCAGCAACGGCCGAUGCCUCUCUCAGCAGAGUGAAAGUGUCUAUCGUGAAGGACUCUCAAAUGACAGUCACAGUCAAUGACGAGAUCUCUGUGAUGGUCUUGCUCCACCGCGUGUGGAAGAAGAACCCAGUCGGUGUGGACUUCCUGGGACUCUACAUUCCUAACACCAACAAGUACUCCCCCACCGUGCACGGCCUCAUAGGUCAGUUUUCCAUUGAACCUGAAGUGAAGGUGUACAACUUCCAUGAGGGUGCUGACCCCCUGAAGAUAGAAGCCACCAUGGAGGUGAAGGGCAACAAACUGGCAGUCACAAGGGGCUGGCAGAAAGACUACAGGAAAGACAAGAAGCGCGGAUCGGACGUUUUCUGCUGGUUUAUUCACAACAGUGGAAAGGGCUUCAUCGAGGGACAUUACAAGGACUACCUUGUUCCUCAGCUGGACAGCUUCUACCAGCAACAGUGAAGUGAGGUUCAGGGCGAGUAAUAAAACUGAGCCAAAGAAAUUAAGUAUGAGGUGUUUGGGCAUCUGGGAUCUAAAUGUUCUGAGGGACAGAAAGGGGUGACAUGCAUACAAAAGGACUGUGUAAACAACACCACGCAAAUACAUUUCACGUGGACUCUGUAGGCGGUCCGUCAUUGGUUGCCUCAACAUGUACACAAACCAAUGCCGUCAGUCGCAGCUGGAGUUUCUGUGAGCUUGGACCAUUGGACUAAAACACGUGUAGCUUCCAUAGGUUGUAAUCUGGCAAAACAGCGCACCCCCCCCCCCCCAACAAAAAAAAGAAACUCCAGUACUGGCUGAUAGAUCUGUAUUUACAUUCUGUACACUAGAAAUGGCAUCUUCCUUUAAUUCCUCAGACCUUCUGACUUUUCCCUAUGUUUCCACAAUAAUUAUAGCAAACCUGUCCUGAUUACUCUGGAUAAACAUUUUAUUUGUUAGCAUGUAUUUCAACUAGAAUGCACAAUAAACGAUAAAAUACAAGACAAUCA